AUGGGAAGGACGUCGCAGGACGGCGGCGAUGGCGGCGAUGGCGAUACGGGCGACCGGCGUUCGCGCGGGGGCCGCCGCGGUCGCGGCCGGGGCGGACGCGGUCGAGCCAGGGAUGGGGGCGACGGCGGCGAGGCGUCUCGGGCGAGCGUCGACGCGGUGCCCAACGCCGCCGCCGCCGCUCCUCCCGGCGCUCCUUUCGGCGCGCUUCGAGCGACGAGCACGCCGUUCAUCCCGCGGUCCGUCACCGUCCCGAACCGCGGGAUCGCACCGCCGGGCGCACCCGCCGCCGCACCUCUCGCGCCGGCGACGAAGCAUCGGGCGUCGCGGCAUCGGCAGCGGCAACGGCCGAAGCGCGAGGGCGGCGCCGAAGGGGACGCGCCGACGCCAGCCGACGAUCCGCGCGCCCGCGACGACGGCGCCGCGGCCGGAGAGGAGGCUGGAUCCACCGGCGGCAAGGACGAGGACGAGGGCGAGGGCGAGGGCGAGGGCAAGGGCAAGGGCAAGGGCAAGGGCAAGGGCACGGGCGGUAAGCCCGACGGAUGGUGGCAAGACAUCUCGACGUGCGAUCCGAUCACGCUCGAGCCCCUCGCGGAUCUCAACCACCCGCCGUUCGAGCUGCGCGCCAAACCCAACCCCGCGUCACCAGCGGUGUCGCACCUCUUCGACCCGACGUGCCUCGCCGAGUGGGUGACGGGCAGCAAGACGUUCGAGAACCCGCUGACGAGGGCGCCGAUGGACGCGACCGAUUGCCGACGCCUGGACAACCACCUUCGACGUUGCCGCCUUCCCAAAUUCGCGGUUCACGACGCGUUCGUCGCCGCCGCGCACGAGCGCAGGGUGGCGGAGGAACAACGAGCGGCGCGGGCGAACGAGAGCGUCGAGGCUGCGACGGCGCGAAGGGAGCGGGAAGCUUCGGAGCUCGCGGCGUCGUUAUUCAUGUCCAUUCGCGCCAGGGAGCGAAGGAGCGGAAAUGGCCGGCGGGGACGGGACAGGGACGUCGGCGUGGAUCUCGACGCCGAGGGGCACAGACGAAGGCGCGGGGACGCGUUCACCGCGGACGGCGCGUUCGCGAUGGUGGACGACGACGAGGGGAUGCGGGGCCGCCGUUUGGGCCGCCGACAAAUGCCCGAGACGGAGCGGUGGGUGUGGGAGGACGGAUCGCACCUUUUAUACGACGAGGGUGACGACCGCGACGGGGUUCGAACCCGCGACGAUUUCCCCGCGCUCGGGGGCGUCGGCGGUGCGGCGGUCGUCGCAGGUGUUCCCGAGGCGGAGGCGUCGUUCCCGUCCCUCAGCGGUAAUAGCGGCGGUUGGGCGGCUACCGCGGCUCGGGCUCGAUCGCUCCCGCCGCCGCCGUCGCGUCCCCCCGUCGCCCCGAGGGUCCAAUCGCUCCCAAAUCGAUCGUCCACACACACCGACGUCGCACCCAGCACGAACACGACCGACGCGACCGACGACGACGAUGGCUCUAUGGCGAAAUUGGCGUCGGAGGAGGACCGAGCCGCUCGGGAAGAGCGACGCAAAAAACUCGCAGACGCGUUCGGAGUCGCCGACCCCGACUCACGUCCGUCCUCGUUCGCGGCGUCCUCCGCGUCCUUCUUCGCGCCCGACGUGCUCGCGACCGCGCGUUCAAACCCCGACGCCGUCGACGCCAUGGAGAGCGCGCUGGAAAGGCUGGUGCUCGCGGGUGCGGACGGACAACACAGCUGUACACCUCGGAGGGUCCGUUUGGAUCCGAUGCCGCGGCGGUUACGAGCCGUGGCGCACGCGCUCGCGGCGACGUACGGAGCGACGUCCUGUUCCUACGGCGACGAGCCGAGGCGCCGGGUGGAUUACUUUAGGAGCGAAAACACGCAGUUUCCGAGCGUGCGGCUGUCCGACGCGCUCCGGGCGGUCGCCGAGGGGGGAACGGACGGUGGCGGAUCUGUCGUCGGCGGAUUGGUCGGCGUUCACGCGGACGCGGCGAGGGGAAACUCUCGGUCCCUCGGUCCCGCGCCCGACUCCGUGUGGUUCCCCGGGUACACCGAGCACCACUCCCGAGGGCGAUGGUCGCGGCUGGAGGUGCGAUUCACCGACUUUAACGACGUCCACGUGGCACUCGCCGCGGUCAGGGAGUUUACGGAGCGCGGCGAGUGCGCGUGCGAGCUGGUGGCGCGAGCCACCGGCGCGUCGGAGGGCGCGCUGGGCGGAUCGGGUCGGUGGAGCGAGGGCAUGGACCUCGUGGUUCACUUCUGGAAACGUUCCAGAUACGAAUCAGCGGUCGGUAAGCUCGGUGGGGGUAUACGCGGCAGGUUCAGGGCGACGCACGCGUGCGAGGUGGGCCCGGAUCCCGACCCGGACGACGACGAAAGUACCCGGGGAGACGGGAAAAUGUCGGACAAACUCGACGCCACGCGGGAGGCGUUGAGGGCCAAGGCGAAAGAAAUCAGCGGCGGGCGCGUCGGGCCGAGCGUCCCGGGGGCGUUCGGGAACCCGAAUAAGCGGCGGGAGACUCCAAUGGCGGCGGAUCCGUGGGCGGACGAUUCGGUGGAAGAGUGGAACGGGCUCCUCGACGACGUAGACUGA